AUGCCACUGAUACGCAGUGUUCCACCGCUUCACUGUGCCAUUUCCACGCUUACCAAUGCACCACCAUCAUCAUCUUCCACUCUCUCUGCUGCCACAUUCGGUUCCCACCUUCUGCGCAAAAUUCGGAACCCAAUUUCUGGGUUUUCCGCAACCAGGAAUCGCUCGCGUGCUGCGGUGAUCAGAGCCAAAGCAGGGGCCGAUUACUAUUCCACCUUGAACGUUAGCUCCAAUGCCUCCCUGCAAGAAAUCAAGGCUUCCUAUCGCAAACUGGCGCGCAAGGUUCACAUUUUCUCGCGUGUUUGCACCAAGCUUGUGAGCCUGUGUAUUGCCCCCCCUUUCAUCCCAAAGGGCUCUUUUAUAUGGGGCCUUGUCAGAUAUAAAAUGUACCAUCCAGAUAUGAACAAAAGCCGUGGGGCUGAGGAGAAGUUCAAAGAAAUAAGUGCUGCAUAUGAGGUCCUAUCAGAUGAUGAGAAAAGAUCUUUAUAUGAUCGAUUUGGUGAGUCAGGUCUAGAAGGAGAAAAUGAAGGGUCAAGUGGUGCUCCAGGGGUUGAUCCUUUUGAUUUAUUUGAUACAUUCUUUGGUCGUUCUGAUGGAGUAUUUGGAGAUGGUGAUGAAGGGGGCAUCAACUUCAAUUUUGGAAACAAGAGAAACCGUGGUCAUGAUAUUCGAUAUGACCUUAAUUUGAGCUUUGAAGAGUCCAUAUUUGGAGCACAGAAGGAGAUUGAAGUUUCAUGUCUUGAGACAUGUAACACCUGUGAUGGUACAGGAGCUAAAUCAAAUAAUUGUAUUAAAGAAUGCACAAAUUGUGGUGGCAGAGGGGGAGAAAUGAAAAGUCAGAGAACACCCUUUGGAAUGAUGUCUCAGGUUUCUACCUGCUCUAAGUGUAGUGGCCAUGGUAAAAUAAUCACAGAUCACUGUCGAAGGUGUGAUGGCAGUGGUCAGGUGCAAUCUAAACAAACUAUGGAAGUGGACAUUCCUGCUGGAGUAAAUGAUGGAGACACAAUGCAAAUUCAAGGACAAGGGAAUUUUGAUAAAAAGAGGCAAAUUACUGGGGAUCUUUUUGUUGUCCUGCAUGUAGAUGAAAAGCAAGGAAUUUGGAGAGAGGGUCUUCAUUUGUACUCAAAGAUUAACAUUGACUUCACAGAUGCAAUAUUGGGGUCAGUUAAAAAGGUAGAAACUGUUGAAGGUUUACGGGAUCUUCAUAUUCCUUCAGGGAUUCAACCUGGAGAUUCAGUGAAGUUGUCACGUUUGGGAGUUCCUGACAUGAAUAAACCAUUUGUUCGAGGCCAUCAUUACUUCAUUGUGAAUGUUCUUAUUCCGAAGGAUAUCAGUGGCACCGAACGUGCACUUGUUGAGCAGUUAGCUUCACUUAGAGCAUCUACCAAAAAGGAUUCACUGUCUUCUGAUGACAAUGGUAAUAGUUCUUUAUACUCGGAUACAUUUGCAAUUAAAAAAGUAUAUCAGGUUAAGAUUAUACUGAACAUACAUGAACAAGAAAAAAUGUUCAGGUUCUUUUUUAACCGUACUUUUCAGGAAUACCUAAAGGAAAGUUCAAUGAAUUCGUAA